AUGGAGCUCCUCCACAAGAAGAUAGAUCUCAUGGGGAUGGGACCGGCUAUACAGGAGCAGAAAGAGGGUGUAGAGGAUGUUAGCUACAUACACCAAGGGGGCAAUAGAUACUAUAACAACUCCCGCCCCAAUCAAGGGGGUGGAGGUUACAAUCAUUUUGGGAACAAGGCGCAUCCUAACCUAUCAUAUGGGAACCCCAACAAUGCCCUUCAACCACCACCGGGGUUCACAGUUUCUCAAGGAAUGAUCACUGAGCCGCAAAACAAAAGUUCAGAGGACAUAUUGAAUGCAUUCAUGAUUCAGUCACACAAGAACAUGGAGCAUACCAAUCAAAGGCUAGAGAAAGUUGAGAAUAAUAUGCAUGGCAUGGCAGGACAUAUGAAGAGCCUGGAGACGCAGAUGAGUCAGAUUGCCCAAGCCGUGGGACAAUUACAUCAAUCGGGGCAAUUCCCAAGCACUACAGUUCCAAAUCCAAAAGACUACAAGGCAAUCUACUUAAGGAGUGGGACAAGCUAUGAGAGUCCUCCUAUGCCCGAGGUGGAAGCUAAAGAAGUGCCCGAAGAGAAAGAAGAAGAGGAGAUUGAGGUGGAAGCACCUCUUAUGCAGCCCGAGGUUCAACCCGAGGCAAUUGUUUCCCCCACGCCGAAAGAGGUUAAAAUUCCUUUUCCUCAAGUGGUGCAAAAGAAGAAGUUGGACGAGAAGCUUGUUAAGUUCCUUGAAAUCUUCAAGAGAGUGCACCUCAAUAUUCCUCUUAUUGAGGCUCUCCAACAAAUGCCCGGCUACCUCAAGUUUUUGAAAGAGAUUGUGUCCAAGAAGAAGAGGUUGGUUGAUUAUGAAACCGUAAACUUGACCGAGAAUUGUAGUGCAAUCAUCCAAGAAAAGAUGCCGGCAAAGAUGAAAGAUCCGGGGAGCUUUAACAUUUCUUGUGUGAUCGGGAAUGAUAGGCAAACUAAGGCAUUGUGUGACUUAGGGGCAAGCAUAAAUCUCAUGCCUUUAAGCUUCUUCCGAAAGUUGAAAUUUGGUUUCUUGAAGCCAACUACAUUUACCCUUCAAAUGGCGGAUAAAUCCGUCAAAUACCCGAAUGGACUCCUUGAGAAUGUAUUAGUAAGGGUGAAUGAUUUUAUCUUCCCCGUGGAUUUUGUUGUUUUGGACAUGAAGGAGGAUCCAAAUGUCCCUCUCAUCCUUGGAAGACCAUUCCUAGCAACUGGAAAAGCUCUAAUUGACGUCACUAAGGGAGAACUCACCCUUAGGCAUGGAAACAAGACGGUCAUUCUCUCCUUGUUGGACAAGAUGAAACGUCAUGAAGUGGAAGAGUCCAAGAGAGUGGAAGAGGUGCCCUUAAAAGUUGAAGAGUGCAAGAUUAUACAAGCGGCACAUGUGAGGGCUAGGGAUGAUGAGGUUGAGAAUCCUUUGGAGGAAAUAUUUAUGCCUGAAUGGAUGUUUGAAGAUGAACAUGGAUUGGGGGGUAAAAAGAUGAAGGUUGCCAAAGUGGAAAUUGGAAUACCUAAAGAAGGUGUUGUUGGGGUCGAUGUGAAGCCCACUUGGUGGAAGAAGCGUCUACACAAGCUCUACUUGGCCGCUAAAGCGAAGAAGGGCCCCGAUGACAUUAUCCGAGUGAGAUUGGAUCAUUAA